GAUUGUACCACUCAUUCUGAAUCUCACUGGAUAUGUAACAAAACAUUUAUUACUCUUUUAAUUAUUGGACGGUCAAAAAUCGACGAUGGGAUUCCUUAGGAAUGGAUUGGUAUUUUGGAUGACAAUCAUAUCAUUGAUGAAUGGGAAUAUGUGUCAAGAGGAGUGCACCGAAAUGGAAUGUGCGUGCGACGAUCAAGACAUAAUGGAAACUGAGUUAAGUGGAGAUUGCCUAGAAGCUGGAGGGAGUGUUUCAAGAAUUUGGAAAACAAUGUGUAAUGUACCAGGAGAAUGUAUUGAAUGUUACUCUGACGAUAACUGUAUGUUGACCACCCCUGGGUACCCUUACCUAGGACAACGUAUACCUAAAUGCAACUUGGAUCCAAAUGGAGUUAAGGAUAACAAUUACUGUGGCGAGUGUAAAGAUGAUGAAAAGUCAAGUCAAGUGUGCAUUGAUGAGUAUGGUUUUACACGGGCGAUAUGCAGAGAAAGACAGUGCAUGGAAUGUAUGGAUGAUGAAGACUGCAAAGCGACCACAAAUGCAUUCCCAGUGUGUAAUCUAAAUAUUCCUCAUGAACAAAACAGUGAACUGAAACUCCAUAUGUGUGGGGAAUGUUAUGACGAUUCCGUGAAAGGGGAGGAUGGUCAAUACUCGAUCAGUGACCAAUGCAUACAGUCAGUGGGUGAAGAGAGACCAUAUUGCAUGAAUCGCAUUUGCCAUAGUUGUUUGGAACCCCUGCACUGUCCAAAUUCUGAUAAAUGUGAAUAUGGUGAACACUCAGAGUUCUCCACGGAAACUGUGUUAAUGUGUGGUGAUCCCCAUAUUCGACACAGUAUCCAAACAACAAAUUCCAAAAUUCCGGAAAAGCUUUGCUAUGAGUAUUUUGGAAGACCUGGUGCAAAAUACACGUUCCUUUCUCAAAACGACCUGAAAAUCAUAACUGAAUUUACGCAAGGAGAAAGCCAGAUGCAAAAACGAGUGUCGAGGUUAGAUAUAUCAUACGGCAAAAAUCUCAAGAAAAAGGUGGUAAUUGACCAAGAAGAAGUUCAUAUUGGCACCAGUGUAAUCAAACCUUGGACAAUAUCAAGGAAGAAGUUGAGCAAUGGUGUUGAGAUUUCGGUUACGCCAUCAUCAGUUGAUGUAUUCUUCCAAAACCUAAUCCUGGCUGUCAGCAAAACAGCGACAGGUUUAAACUUGGUUGUUAAAGAAGAGUAUGGCUUUCCAAAAGACGCUGCUGGCAUUAUAGGUAUAAUGGCAAACAAAGCAAGUCUAGAAUUGAAUGGUGAGAACGCCAUUAUUCAUCUAGCAGGUUUUGGGGAACACGUUGGUUAUGAUAAUCGAAAGAAAUGUUGGCAUUUAAGAGGAGUCUCAACGGACAUUCACAAGUACAUUCUUCACAACACGAUUAUUAAAGACUGAUUAUAAAACACCAAUGAAAGGGUACUGAAAAUAAAUAUCGCUUAAAUAACUAAGACUGGAUCCAACCGAUUACAUUGCCCGGCUGGAAAAUUUUGAUUCAGCUGUGACAUACAAUAUGUAUUGAGAAUUGAGAAAUCAAUGUGAAUAGAUUGAACAUGACUAAGAAAUACUUUAAAAAAUUGUUCCCAUUAGUCUUGAAGUUUAUGAAAUGUAUACAAAAGUACAAAAAAUGCCAAAGGAGUAAUCAGAAAUGCUGCAGUUGUUUAAGAUUGUCAUAAUUUAAAUCGAUAUAAGCAGUCUAGUGCAAAAUGGAAAGGAUCAAAAGUUGUUAUGGACGAACCUUUAAGAAAAAGCAAUCUCUUAGUGUUACCACUCAUAAAACAAACAC